GUAAAUAGGUGGUGCGAACUUUGACAGCGACUGUCAAAAGUUCCUUAACUAGUUUAUCAAACAAAAUCGUUUGCUAAAAUAGUUAAAAAUUAGGUUCACCUUUUAAAUUAGCUUAACUACUUUAUUAGCAUCGGAUGCUACACAGUGGUUAUCUGGCUAACACACACACCACUGUCAUCUAUGAAAUGUCGAGUAAAGAAGUGAAAGCUGCACUGAAAAGUGCCAGAGACGCCAUCAAAAACAAAGAAUUCAAAGAGGCCUUAAAGCAUUGCAAGACUGUCUUGAAACUUGAAAAAAGUAAUUACAAUGCGUGGGUAUUCAUCGGCCUGGCCGCCUGUGAGCUGGAGCAAACGGAUCAGUCCCUGACUGCUUAUAAGAAAGCAAUAGAACUGGAUCCAGAGCAGCUGCUGGCCUGGCAGGGCUUAGCAAAUCUUUAUGAAAAGACGGAUCAGUGGGAUUUCAAAGUGGAGCUGCCUAAUGUGUACCAGAAGCUUGUAGAACUGUAUUCAAGUUCAGAUAAAAACAAAUGUUAUGACAUGAUCAAAAAGCUGUCCGAUAUUUAUCAGUCUGACAGAGAACAAAUAAAGUUGGCAAAGGUUUGGCAGCAGCUAAUUCAGCUAAAGGAGGAAGACGGGGUGGAGAAGAAAGAGCUGGUGAAGCUGUUGAAAGACAUGAUCCAACUCCUUUCAGAAAGUCUGAAUGAGACGGAGCAGGACAAUGGAACUCACCAGCAUUUAAUUGCAGCAUUUGAGAAAGCCAUGGCUCUCGUUGAACCUGUGCCAGGAGAGGAGCACAAGAAGAUAUCAGCUGAUUAUCUUAAAUGUCUUUCCAAGCUGCCGUGCGAAGAAGCCAAAAUAAAAGAAGCGUGUGAGUCUGUGCUCUCCCUGUAUCCCAACCACAGCUAUCCCCUUGAGGUCCUUUGCGGUCACUACCUCAAAACAGGUAAUAUGGAUGAGAAUGCAGUCAGUUGUUUCUCAAGGCUCCAGGAUUUAGCCCCCAACAGUGGUUUAAGUCACUUGGGUUUGGGUACUAAAUCACUCCAAGAGGGAAGGUACAAUGAUGCCAUAAACAAUCUAACAAAAGGUCUAAAGCGAAUGAGCUUAUCAACAGGAUGGUGUAGCCUGGCAGAGGCUCAGUUUAAAACACACAGAUACUCCGAUUGUGCCGUGUCAUGCUCCCAGGGUUUGAAAGCUUGUGAGGAUGAAAAGCUGAGGAGCAAACUUCUCAGUCUGAAGUUGCAAGCUUUAGUGAAAAGUGGAGAAGAACGUGCAACAGAUGAGGCUCUAGACACAUUUUCACAGAUUCCAGAGGCUGAACAGGACCCGUCAAUGCUAGCCCUUAAAGGAUACGCAUACCUUAACAAAGGACAGAUUGACAGAGCCCUCCAGGUGUCAUCGGAGCUGCUGGAUUCCAAUCCAGACCUGGUUGAAGGAUUAGCACUGAGGGCUCUCGCAUACUUAGCUGAAGGUCAGCAGCAGUUAGCAGAGGAAAGUUUGCUAAAGGCUGUGAGCCAUAGUCCAAACACUGGAGAAUAUUAUUUCCUGCUUGGAAAACUCUACUGGGAAAUGGGGCCAGAGACUCGCAAAGACAGAAGCAAAGCCCACACACACUUUUUAAAGGCUGCAAAGUUUGACCCACACCUUGGCUGUGCCUUUCGCUAUCUUGGCCAUUAUUACCGGGAGGUGGCCGGUGACCGCGGCCGUGCUCAGGGCUGCUAUAAGAAGGCCUUUGAGUUGAACGGUGACGAUAAUGAGUCGGGAGCUGCAUCAGUGGACCUCAGUAUAGAGCAAGGAGACAUGGAGACUGCCUUAAGGAUUCUUCAGUCUGUGACUGAGAAAGCCACUCCAGGUUCAGCUAAAUGGGCCUGGAUGAGGCGCGGCCUGUACUACCUGAAAGUUGAAGAACAUCAACAGGCUGUAGCUGAUUUGCAGGCAGCUUUAAGAGCAGACCCUGAGGACUGGGUUUGCUGGGAGUGUUUAGGUGAGGCAUAUUUGAAGAGGCGGAGCUUCACGGCAGCUCUCAAGGCCUUCGGCAGAGCUCAUCAGCUUCAGCCGUCCUCCAUCUACAGUGUCUACCAAGCAGCUGCUAUCAAACAGACUCUGGGGAAGUUUAAGGAGGCUGCUGCGGAGUAUUUGCUAAUCACAACCAAGCAGGACUAUGUUCCAGCUCUUAAAGGCCUUGGUGAGUGUCAGCUGUCUCUUGCAAAAAGUUUAAUGGAGGACUGCAGAGAUGGUGGAGCAAUUGAUCUCAUCGAGAAAGCCAUUCAAAACCUUUUCAGGGCUGUACAACUGCGACCAGAUCUGUCUUGUUUGUGGAAGCUACUGGGAGACGCUAGUACUGCAGUCAGCAUUGUUUCUCCAAACCGAGCCCAGGUUUUGGUGCCAGCCUCACUAGCAGGUUUAGACUCCAGCUCCCAGGCUAACAGGCUGAACCAGGUCCAGAUGCUUAAAGUUGGUGAGCGAUGUUAUGCUCGUGCUUUAAAGCUAAUGCCUGAAGCUCCCAGCCUUUGGUACGAUCUUGGACUUAACUAUUACCGUCAGGCUGCUAGCCAAUCUGCUCUCACAGAGGAAAACCAGAACUCUCCAUCUCAGGACUUGGAGAAAGCCCAUCAGUGUUUGAAAAAGUCAAUCAUGAUGGACAGUGGAAACUAUAGCUACUGGAAUGCACUGGGAGUGGUUUCAAUGAACAAAGGUCUGGAGAACUUUGCUUUGGCUCAGCAUUGUUUCAUCAAGUCCAUCCAAGCUGAACCAAACAAUGUUGUUGCUUGGACAAACCUUGGCACCCUGUACUUGAAGAAGGAAAACAUAGAGCUUGCACAUGAAGCCUUCAAGAUUGCUCAGUCCUUAGAACCCCUAUAUGUCAACUGCUGGAUUGGACAGGCGCUGAUAGCAGAAGGUGUGGGAAGCUACGACACCAUGGAUCUUUUCAGGCACACCACCGAACUCAGCACUCAUAUGGAGGGAGUGAAGGGUUAUGCCUACUGGGUUUGCUCCACCAUGCUGGAUAAGAGCAAUAGGAACACUGAGCUUUACCGCUACAAUAUUGUGCAAAUGAAUGCAAUCUCUGCUGCUCAGGUGGCUCUCAGCAAAUACACAGAGAGAAUCCAGUCUGACCCCGAAGCUUUUACUAUGCUGGGCUACCUUAAUGAGCAUCUGCAUCUGAACAGGCAGGCCCUACAGGCUUAUCAAAGAGCGGUUGAAUUGCUUCAGUCCACGCCGUCCUCAGAGGAACUGGCUUUUUCUCUUGGCAAUUAUGGCCGUGCUUUGUGCAACUUAGGUCAAUUGGAGGAGGCCGUACGUGCUUACAAUUCCACUCCACUGCAGGAUCUCAGCGACCUGGUUGGGCUUGCUUUGGCCUACUGCAGGUCAGGACUCCUCCAGGAAAGCAUCGCAACAUAUGAGCGUGCCUUGGCUGUGGCUUCCAGUGAGAAAGAGAAGGCUUACUUAUUGACGGCUCUGGCACUACUGCAGCAUCGGCACGGCAACCUGGACUCUGCCAAGACUCUGCUGUUCAAAUGCUCGAUGUUAAAGGAGCCAAUCUCCGAGUCUUUGCUGUGCUUGUGCGCCCUGGGACUGGUCCAUAGUGAUGCUACGUUAGCUGCUGCUGCCCUGGCUGAGCUUCUGAAGCAGGAUUCCACCUCGGAAGGGGUUGUGCAGCAGCAGUGUCUGCUCACCUGCGCCCUGCUAGCCCUGCGGGGCAGUUAUGUUGCAGUCCAAAGAGAGGCCUCCAGAGCUGUUCACAGAAAUCCAGGAAACCCAUCUUUGUGGGCCCUUCUGUCCAGAGUGGUACCACAGUUCUACCCUAGAAAGGCAAAUGGUGGGGCUGUAGCUGGUUAUGUUGCCUGUCUCUCCAGUAUGACUCAAGGAAAGAGGGCGCUGUUGUACAGCGGACUGAACCAGCUGGCUACUGGCAGACACUCUGGAGAGGACAAGUAUAAGAAUGCUCUGAAGACAAUACAGAGAGCUGUGCUGCUCUGCCCAGAUGAUCCAGCCGCAUGGGCCGCAUUAAUGGCUGCAUGUCAUACAGAAAACACUUCCUGUUAUCUUUCUGGGUCUGCCCCUUGCAGACAGUCACUGGAACACACUCUCAUGUCAGUGGUUUCUAUGAAAGUGCAAAAUGUGGAGGAGAUUGAGCGCCCCUUAGCUCAGUCUUUGGAAGGCUGGGUACUACAACAGGCUGUGACAGGCCUCAUGAUGGAGGGGCAGCUGGAUCAGGCAGAAGCCCUCUGCACACAGGUUCUCAGUGUGUCCCCUGAACACCCAGCAGUGUUGCUGUCCCUCAGACAGGUGCAGUGUCAGCGACUGCUUUUGGCCAGUCCUGAGCCUGUGCUUCCAGAGGUUGUGCUGGAGCAACUUAACAAAGCUGUUCUAAUGAACCCCACUAACCUUGGAGCAUGGCACUGGUUGGCAGAUGUGUAUCGAAGUCAGGGGCUCCUGGUUCAGGCAGUGAUGGCUUACAGGCAGAGCCUUCAGCUUGCUUCACAGCUCGGUGUGCACAGCUACCAGGUAGCCAGUCUGCUCCGAUUAGCUCUGCUAGCUCUAGGGCCCUGUAUGGUGGAUGUCACAGGAAAUGACUGGAAAGACCUGGUGAUGGAAGCCACCACUGAGGUCCUCAAACUGGGGUCAUUCCCUGUGGCCCACCUUUUCCAAGCCCUGCUCCAGUUUGUGGACAAGAUGAAUUCGAGGGAAACGAGACGGUUGCUGGAGCGUCUGGUCUACACUUCAUCCCAAGACUUCCCGGUGACAGUGGCGCAGGUGGCUAGUUGGUACCUGCUCAGACACUUGCAUGCCAAACAUGACCAGGAACUCAUCGAUGUGCUUUUGCAACAUGCCAAAAAAAAAGACGACCAGAGGCUGCUGGUGUUUCAUUCAUUACUUAACGGGUCCUAAUCCUGAAUGAUGCAACAUCGCUGUUGUCUGCUGCUGAGGUGCAAGGCAUUAAUAGCAAAGACACAGUUGGUUUCAUACAAAAAUAAAACUUUAUUAGUUUUGCUUGA